AAAUUUGAUAAGAUAAAAGAUAAGAAGCAAACCGAAAUGAUGACAUUUGAAAUUUAGCUGAAGGAAACGACUGUGUCGAAAAGCUCGUCAAUAAGGAAAUGUCCAAAAACCACAGGCUGAAGGAAUAUUACUUUGGAAAUCAUCCAAAUGGGACAGCACGAAUCAAAGUGUUCAAAUAUUUUUUCAACUCAAAAUGCGGUGUGUAUAUAGUAAAGGGAAAGAGUAAAAGUGUUCGCCAACCUUGAGCGGAUAACUUUUUAGCAAAGAAAGCCUCCUGCAGACCUUCACUUCCUAACCAUUAUAAACGUAUUAUGAGAAAUGUCUCAUCAUCACUUGCAGUUCUCCUUUCUCUCGGUCGGAUUCUGCGAACCUGUUUGAGUCAGAGCGUUAUUGGUUGUUUAAAAAAGGUCAUUUCUAACAUUUCUGCAGCAUCAUUUUUACUGCCUCGCUAGUACAUCACUCCGUGCGCAUAUAUAAAGAGAUGGCUCAUUGAAAAAUCAUCCUUGCUUUGGCGCCGACACGGAGAUGAAAUUUGUAAUUGUCGUCGCUCUCUUCUCGGUGGCGAUUGCCGCACCCACGAUGAAUAAGGAGACCUUAGCUAUCGUCUCAUUGGACAACGAAGUCAACAUAGACGGAAGCGACAUCCACGAUGUAGAGUAUGCGGAUGGAACGAAAAUCCAAGAGCAGCAGAAUGAGAAGUACAUCGGUACCAAACCGGAAGACAUUGGCAUCGCUUCCAAGGGAUCUUACUCUUACAAUUUCCCGGAGACCAUCAUCACUGUCAACUGGGUGACUGACGAAAAAACUAAAUUUGUCCACGCUUACAUUCAAAUAAGCUACCCGGUUCUCCAAAAUCUUUGUAGGUCUAUGUCUUGCACGACUCCCGAUGAUGGCCAGUGAAACAAACGCGAUGCAAGUUAGAUUUCGUUUGAUUGCUGUCUAGUCUGUACAUAGCAUUUUUUUUCUUCUGGUGGAACUCAAAAUAAAAUUAAUUGCAAGCAGCACAAGAAACAAAUGGACGAACUUUGCUAUUGGUACCAGCAGUUAUCUAGCUUGUGAAACCUUCCGGUAUUAUCUCCCCGAGUACGAACUAUGGAUUUCUUAUGACGCAAUUAAAAACUGCUGAAUCAUUCAUAACUCGUCAUCAUCACCACCACGAGAUCAAACAAAAAUACCUUAUCGCGUUAAGCCUGAUAACGUGACAGUGUAUAUAAAUAAACACCAGCCGAUUGCUUUGA